AUGGAAGGAAGUAUGGCGGCUCUCAACUUCCUACCCACAUCAAUGGCCGGCGCCACCCUCAUGAUCAUCUCAAUAUUAUUCCUCCUGAUUUCCCGGCAAUCAAAACGACGCCGCCCUAACCUACCGCCGAGCCCGCCUUCCCUCCCGUUCAUCGGCCACCUCCACCUACUAAAGCUAGCACUCCACAGAACCCUACAAACCCUUUCAACCAAAUACGGUCCCAUAUUCUCCCUCACCUUGGGCGCCCGAAACGUCGUCGUAGUCUCCUCCCCAUCUCUCGCCGAGGAAUGCCUCCAACAAAAUGACGUCGUCUUCGCCAACCGCCCCCACAGCAUCCUCGGCUGGAAGAUCCUCGCCUACAACUACACCUCCAUCGGGGCGGCGCCCUACGGCCCGCACUGGCGCAACCUUCGCCGCCUGUCCGCCGUGGAGCUCCUCUCCGCCCCCCGCCUCAACUCCUUUCUCCACGUCCGUACCGACGAGGUCACGCGCUUGGUCAACGGCCUGGUUGCUGACGUGUCCGCCGGGUCAGGUUUUGGUAAGGUGGAGAUGAAGUUGAGGCUGGUGGGCCUGUCGAUGAACAUGGUGAUGAGGAUGGUCGCCGGGAAGCGGUACUUUGGCACGUCGGAAGAGAAAGAGGGUCGUGAUGAAGAAGAAGAAGGGGAGGAGUUUAAGGAGCUGAUAAGGGAGGCGUUCGAGCUGAGUGGCACGUCGAACCAUGUUGAUUUUUUGCCCGUGUUGAAGUGGGUCGAUUUCAGUGGACUGGAGCAGAGGAUGUGGAGAGCUCAUCGGAAGAUGGACGCGUUCUUUCAGGGUUUGAUUGACGAGCAUCGGAGCAGCAGACUGCAGAAGGAAGAGGAGGAGCAAGAGGAUGGUGUUGGUCGUUUGAGCAGAAAGACGAUGAUCGAUACCAUGUUGACUUUGCAGGAAUCCGAACCUGAGAACUACUCCGAUGAUAUCAUCAAAGAGAUUCUCGACAAGGCCAGAGCCGAGAUCGACAAUGCAGUUGGCAACAAUCGACUGGUACAAGAAUCUGACUGCAUUGAUCUUCCCUACCUCCAAUGCAUCAUCAGCGAGACAUUCCGUCUAUAUCCGGUUGGGCCGCUUUUGAUACCACACCAAUCUUCAGAGGAUUGUACCGUUGGAGGUUAUUUCGUUUCAAAGGAGACAAUGUUGUUUGUCAACACAUGGGCUAUUCAUAGGGAUCCCACAGUUUGGAAAGACCCCACGAGAUUCUGGCCCGAGAGACAUUCAGAAGGUGAGGCGAAUGCUUAUCAAUUGCUGCCAUUUGGUGCGGGGAGAAGGUCAUGUCCUGGCAUCGCACUUGCGAACCGUACUGUAAGUGUGGCGUUAGGCACUUUAAUACAAUGCUUUGAAUGGAAAAGGGUCGGUGAAGAACUACUUGACAUGACUGAAGGACCGGGACUGACCAUGCCUAAACUUGAGCCACUGGAAGCUUUAUGUAAACCGCGAAAGUUUAUGGAAGAUGUUCUUAUCACUGUGCAAGGUGACAAAUAG